UGAACGUCAACUGUCAGUUGUAACUGUCAAAUUCGUUGCAAUUGUCUCUGUCGAGUGUGUGUUUUGAUUGUUCGUUCUUUUAUUUAUCAUUCGGAAAUCACACAAAAGUCUAUUAAAACAUUCAAAAGUUACUUUAUAUACUGUUGAUCCAUACCACUAACCCAUCGUUAAAAAUAUAUUGUACUUUGAGAGACAAACAUGAUAAUACCGGUGCGGUGCUUCACUUGCGGCAAAGUGAUAGGGAACAAAUGGGAGGCAUAUCUCGGUCUCUUGCAAGCUGAAUACACGGAGGGUGAUGCUCUUGACGCUCUGGGUCUCAAGAGGUACUGUUGCCGUCGCAUGCUGCUUGGUCACGUAGAUUUAAUUGAAAAAUUACUUAAUUAUGCGCCCUUGGAGAAAUAAUUGUCAUUCCUAUUGUUGUAUAUUUUGUAUUUUUAAGAUAAAUAAAGUUUAAGGAUUUACUGA